AGUGUGUGUGUGUGUGUGUGUGUGUGUGUGUGUGUGUGUGUGUGUGUGUGUGUGUGUGUGUGUGUGUGUGUGUGUGUGUGUGUGUGUGUGUGUGUGUGUGUGUGUGUGUGUGUGUGUGUGUGUGUACGCAUGUGCGUGUGCCACCCGUUCUAGGUAGGUACAGAGGGGCCCAUUGCUUUCCAUCAAUAUUUCAACCUGAUAUCAUAUUGCCUAUUGUCCUGCAAUCUCCUCAUCGCGGAGAUGGAAAGGAGAGAGAGAGAGUAGUAUGAGGUUAGGAGAUUAACAAACCAUUCAGACAGAGAAGGUCACUGUAAAAGAGAUAUUUACAUUUGGUUAAUGUAUGAAGAGUGGGAAGCAAGGAAGAGGAGGAAGUCUGCACUACCCUUCACCCCUCUGCAGUCCUGUUCAGGGAGCCAAGCCCGUAGACCCAGCAGAGAGGGAAACAGGUGGGCGUGGCCAGGUGAGAGCGGGAGGCAUCAGAGCGUAAUGGCUCCUUUCACUUUAUCAACGGGCCGUUGUUUGACCUCUUAAGAAGAACUCAUGACCUUACCUUUUAAAGAUUUGUUCAGGACUAUCCCCCAGGCUCAUUCAAGAACCAUGAAUUAACUUAAUGUUGUAACUUUCAAAUGCAUUUUCAUGUUCCUUUAGUUUCUGAUCAUUGGACCUUAACAUAUUGAAGUUUGAAGACACAUUUGUACCAAGCUCCCCCUAAUGUUUGGCUGUAAAACGGUACAGAUAAGAAUAGGGAGGGUGAAUGCACUGUGAUAGGGGACACGAUGUGGUAAGUGAUAGGGGAGACCCCAUGCUGAGAGAGAGAAAGAGGGAGGGAGCGAGAGAGAGAGAGAGUGAGAGGGGGAAGAGAAGCAAAGGAAACCAAAGACUUUAUGUGAGACGAAGAAUUUAUUAGACUUUAUAUCGCACUGAAGAGGAUAAGAAAGAACAAAUUCAAUAAAGGAAUAUCAAGGAAUUACUAAGGCUUUACAUAACAUUACGUAGGGUUAAAUAGAGUGACGCAGCGACAGAAAGACAAGUUAAGGCGUGGAUGGAUGAGUUUGAGUAAAAGGGAGAGAGGAAAAGUAAAUGAGGAUGGAAUUAAUGGACGAAUCAGAAGUAGACAGAGACGUGCAUGUGUAGUGAGUAUUGUGCUAAUUACAACCACUAAUGAGUUUGAGGAAUUUACGUAUUUACUUUGAAUGCAUCUCUUAAUUCAUUUUCAUAACCAGGACUUACGAUGUCACAAGAACGCUUACCUCUGAUUGGAUCUUCGAAAAAAAAGAGUGCAGCCAAGGCCUCAAGCUCCGCCUCCGCUGCUCCCCAGCGCCCCCCCCUGGCCGGACUGAGACGGCGCAGCAGCCGGCCGUCCCAGCCCACCCCCUCGUCCUCCUCCCACCCCCUCUCUCACGCCUUCCUCCACGCCGACACCUCCAUCACCCCCUGGGGAGGGCUCUCCCUCUCCGAGUCCUCCUUCACCUCCAUCCCUCCUCCUCCUCCCCCCCCUCCCCCUCUUCCUCCACCUCCCCCCCCUCCCCCUCCCCCUCCUCCUCCUCCUCCUCCCCCAACUCCGGUCCAACCUCGCCUGCACCCGCCUGCCCCCCCGUCCCGUCCCGCGGCGCCCCCCUCUCGCCACGGGCGGCGCGGGGUGGGCAGAGAGGGGGGAGGUUCGAAUCCCUGCUCCCCUUCCUUGUUGCACCGCGUGUCGGCCCAGAUGGAGAGCCCAGGGAGGGAGGCCAGGGAGUUACGGGCCAGGCGGAGGCCUGUUCCGCGCAUGCCCCGCCUCCCCCCGCUGCGUCCAAUCACCAGCCUCAGCUUCACGCGCAGCUUUACCUUUUCCUUUUUCGAGCUGCCGGUCCACCAGACGGCCAGCUGUCGCGCCGAGCGGGUCCGCCACGUCAUGCUCCUGCUGAGGCAGAUGCAGUACUGAGCCCUGGGUUGGCUCUCCCUCUCUCUGUGGGUCACAGUGGGGCUUGUACCAGGGUCGAGGUUUCACAUCAACGUUAGCUUUUGGUGGGGGUCUCCAAAUCAGAUGCUAACAAGACAACCCUGUUAUCCAUCGCCUGUCUCCCAGUGUUAGACCCCCCCCCCCCCCCCCCCCCCCAAGUCUCACGGUCAGACUUUAGCAAUGCUUGUGAGUGACUGUGCGUCUGUCUGUCUGUCUGUCUGUCUGUCUGUCUGUCUGUCUGUGGUGCGUACGUGUGCCUGCAAACCUUUUAAUCCUACUGGAUAAUAUAUAAAUGAAUGCCUUAGUUAAAAUGAACAUAAUUACUAAACAUGAACACCAUUAGAAAAUCUUUAAUCGUCCAGUAGUUAACUUUCAAUAAACAAAUUAUUAGUUAAUGCUUUUUACUGUCGAAUAAAUGUUUAAUAAAGGUAUAUUAAUCGGUAACCCUUCCUUUUACAGUCCCCUAAUUACUAGGUAUUUACCUGGUAAAUAUAUGGUAAAUCAUAGAUAUUAUUGGGUAAUUACCACUGGUAAUAAUAAGGUAAAUACAGAGGAACUACAGCUGAAGAAAAACCUCCACUAUUGCCCAUCAACUCAACUAAGUACCGUGUAUUUGUAACUGUUUUAAGUUGGUAAUAACUCAGAUAUAAUUGUGUACUUCAUAGGAAAGUAAGCAACCAAUUCUUAGAAACAACUCUUCUAUUACCCAUCAAUUCAAGUUACAACUGUAGUUAUCCAAGGUUUAUGUUGGUAACAGCCAAAGUCUAAUUAUGUACUAUCUAGAAAUUAACAUAGUACUUUCCAAUAAAUUACUUUUUCUUA